GUUUUUAUUGUUCUUUUUCUCUUUUCCCCUGAAUGGUAUAAAAAAAUUCGUAUACUCGGAUAAUCAUCUGGGAAUCUAUUUCUUGUAAAACAACUCUUAUAUUACCUGGAGAAAUUGCGGAAGGCUUUGCGACAAAGCGGAGAGCAGUGCGGAGUUUGCUACAGUUUCUAUCGCUGGUAUCUUUCCCGUAUAAACCCUUUUACUGGAUUAGAGUAAAGGGUUCAUUUUAAGGGAUUUGGAAUGGAUGAGAAUAUGAAGCUAUUGCAGCAAAGUUUGAUUGAGCUUGAAACUGAAGCUGAACACUUGCUAUUAGCCAAACAUCAGCUGGUUGAAAAUGAUAAAGAGAGGAAUGGGAACAGGGAAGCGCUUACUGCACUGAGGAAGAGGGCUCGGACGACAAAAACUAGCGUUCCAUCCCCUUUUGAGUCAGUGAUGAAGGAUAUUGGAAACCCUGAAUCAAGACCUUUGGUAAAGGAGGUUUGUGCUACUUGUGGCAACCAUGACUCAAAUGAGCGGACAUGGAUGAUGUUCCCAGGAACUGAUGUUUUUGCGAAGAUACCAUUUCAUGCUGCUCACACUAUUUUGGAGACAGAUAAAACAAAACUGGAUCUUGAAGCUCAGAAACUUCAAAGCUAUGUGAAGGAGAAAUCCUUUUUGAUAUCAGAAAAAGGUGUCCUCGCUGACAAGAUUAGUCCUGCCGUGCUUAGAUCCUUGGUGGCGUUAAAAGAUAAACCAUGAUUUGUGAGAUCUGUCUGAUACGAACAUUGCUCUUUACAGGGAGGUGGCAAUGAAAUUAGUGGGAAUCAUAUUUGAACAGAAUUAUCUGAUAGAUAGGGGAACAUGGACAAAAUUUAU